GGCCCUCAGCCCGCCCCCUCCCCAGAGCCCGCAGCUCCUCCCCGCGCUGCCCACGGCAGAGCCCCGCGCCCCGGCUGCCGCAGCCGCUCAGCCUGACAGGGGCGAAGAAAGGCCGCCGCGACCACCACCGCCACCGCCUCUCCUCUCCUUGCGGCGGGUUCCGCGCAGGCAGCGUCGGGAGGACAAUUAUCCGCCGCCCCGCUGCACCCAUCCGCAGCCCUCAGAGCGCCGGCAGGAGUCACACUGAAGAGUAAUGAGUUAAAGUGACUGACACCAUGACAACCAUAAGACAGAGAAGGGUUGGAAAGGGCACUGAAGCCUCUGAAGAUCAGCCUUCAGAUGAGAAGAAUGUGAAGCCUGAUGGAAAAAUUCUGUCUGGUUCUACAGGUGGAAAGCUGUGGAACAUACUCUCAGUAACUCUUGGUGGAAUUGUUGCCAUCUCUCUUGGGCUUCUUACAUCAGUUUAUGUUGCUACACUACAUGAAAAUGACCUGUGGUUUUCCAAUAUUAAGGAAGUGGAAAGAGAAAUUUCAUUCAGAACAGAAUGUGGACUUUAUUAUUCCUACUACAAGCAGAUGAUUCAGGCUGCUUCCAUCAACCAAGGUUUACAUGGUUUAGUAUAUGACAAUAAAACUGAAUCUGUGAGGACAAUUAACAUACUUGAAAGAAUGAAUGUUUACCAGGAGGUGUUUCUCAGCAUUCUGUAUAGGAUUCUUCCAAUUCAGCAAUACCUAGAGCCCGUUUAUUUUUAUAUCUACACUUUGUUUGGACUUCAGGCAGUUUAUGUCAUUGCUCUAUAUGUAACAAGCUGGCUUCUUAGUGGAACAUGGCUUUCAGGGUUGUUGGCUGCUUGCUGGUAUAUUACAAACAGAAUAGAUACUACAAGAGUAGAAUUUACCAUUCCUUUAAGAGAGAACUGGGCACUACCAUUCUUUGCUGUUCAGAUAGCAGCCAUCACAUACCUACUCAGAACUCAUUUACAGCCUGUUCAAGAACGAAUGACACUUGUGGCUGUAUUCAUAGCAACAUUUCUCUUUAGCCUGACUUGGCAAUUUAAUCAGUUUAUGAUGCUGAUACAAGCACUGGCAUUAUUCAUACUGGACUGCUUUGACAUGCUUCCCGCAGCAAAGGUUACAUGGCUCUAUAUCAUUCAGAUGUCUGGAUUACUGCUCGUCUGUGUCCUACAGUUCUUUAACUCUAUGAUUCUUGGAUCAUUACUUAUAAGUUUUAAUGCUUCUGUAUUGAUAGCAAGAAAAGUCCAGAAAAAUCUUAAAACAGGCAACUUGCCUAACAGGAUUGGGAAAAUUAUCCUCCAUGUACUAUUAGUCUUGUGCUUGACUCUCCUAAUAAAUAAAUUCAUCAAGAGAAUUCUUAAUCUUGAGUCAGAUGAACAUAUAUUCAAAUUCCUGAAAGCAAAAUUUGGAUUUGGGGCAACAAGAGAUUUCGAUGCUAACCUGUAUCUUUGUGAAGAGGCUUUUGGUUUACUACCAUUAAAUACCUUUUCAAGACUCUCAGAAACGUUGCUUUUUUGCGUCUACAUAUUUGUUCUCUUUCUUAUGUCAGUAGCAGCUGUAAUUGUUGCCUUUCGGAACCUCAGUGGUUCAAAUCAAGUCAAGUUCAUGGAAAAAUUGGAAGAAUCCACAAUAACAUUGAAGCCUGAUGCUGCUUACAACUUAAUUCACACAGUUCUUUUUGGAUGUCUGGCAUUAAGCACUAUGAGGAUGAAGUACCUCUGGACAUCCCACAUGUGUGUAUUUGCAUCUUUUGGCCUGUGCAGUACAGAAGUAUGGAAGCUUAUCCUGAAGUGUGUUCAUCUCUACACAUCACAGAGGACACACGUGAUUAAGUAUUCUAUACCAAUAAUUAUAUUACUGUACAUUUCAUAUAAGUUCUGGCCUGGAAUAAUGGAUGAGCUGUCAGAGCUGAGAGAAUUCUAUGACCCCGACACUGUGGAGCUGAUGAACUGGAUUAAGUCAAACACUCCAAACACAGCAGUGUUUGCUGGGAGCAUGCAGCUAUUGGCAGGAGUCAAGCUGUGCACUGGACGGACCUUAACUAAUCAUCCCCAUUAUGAGGAUAAGAAUCUGAGAGAGAGGACAAAACAGAUUUAUCAGAUCUAUGCCAAGAGAUCUCCUGAAGAUGUUUACAGAAUACUGCAGUCCUUUGGCACAGACUAUGUGAUCCUGGAGGACAGCAUUUGUUACGAGAGAAGACACAGCAGAGGCUGUCGGUUACGUGACUUACUCGAUAUAGCUAAUGGCCACAUCAUGGAUGGACUGGGAGAGAAUGACCCUGAUUUGAAACCUUCAUUAUUUCCUCGAUUCUGUGAGGAAAUAAAAAAAAAUCUGCCUUCUUACACCAUGCACUUCACUAGAGUGUUUCAGAACAAAACAUUCCAUGUUUACAAACUUGCCAAGCAUAAAUAAUGCGUCCAACCAUGGCUUCAAAUUCAGUAUUUUAAUGCUAGAAUCCACAUUAGGAAAUGCAGAAGAAGUUUACAAACACAUUUUUAAGACAUUUUACAUUGAUGGUUUCUUGUUUAGUUAGUUUGGUUCUUAUCUUUUUAGACAGGGUAGUUUUGAUAACAUCUUGAUGUUGUCCAAAAUUUUCAUAGAUUCAUAAAUAAAUGUGAGCAGGGACCACCAUUUGACAGUAAAGUCUGACCUCCAGAAUACCUGGGAUAUAAUUGUUUUCCAGUUCUAACUGACUGGAAAACUGCAGGACCACUGCAGUGUAACCAGCCUGUGAUGUUCUGCUCAGCAGUUUGGAAUUUGACUAUAAAAUGAUAGAAAUUCACUGAAAGCAGACCAUGCUACUCCCAUGCCAGUAUGCAUUAUCUUAAUGGGUCCUGAAAACAGUCACAAAAAUUACUAUCUGACCCUCUCUGAUCAAACCUUGUGUUCUUUCAGUGCCUCUUUUUUUAAUUCUUGGGGAAUGUGCAGUUAUGUGUUUCCAGGCUUAUGGAUGUAACUGCAGAAUCAGCAAACAGGUUGGAAGGGUAAAACUUUAAUCAUUGUCCAGCAUUUCUAGUGAUAUAGAAACACUGUUUUAUAAUGUUAAGCAUUACAUGAUGGAGUGUUACGUAUUUCUAAUGAGAAAAAAGGUUGGAGCAUGCUUAGUACACGUUGCAUGUUUAUAUCCUUGUAAAAUGCUCAGAACAAACAAAAAACAAAAUUUGUCAGCUUGGAUUCUCACAGCACUAGUUUCUGUAUUUUGCUUUCUGAACUACAGGGGAUGCUUUUCUCCCCAUGUAAAUUCCAGCAAGAUACUAAAAUUGAACACUGCCAGCCUUACAGAGGAAAAAUUAAUCUGUAAAAGCAGCAGGAAACUUAGGUAUUUAAAAUACAUUCAAGUUAUUAGAGCUCUUUGCCUUGCAUUAUUUCAGACACAAAGCUAUAUAUUUUAGCACAAAAUUACUGUGUCCUUGCUCUUUUUACUAAAAGAGAGUCUACAGCUGUUUUAAAUUGACUUGGAAGACUAAAGUGAAGACAGACCCCAUCCUGAGAAUUUUGCAAUUUGUUUGUACCCUUUGUCUUUUUACUGGCCAGAACUUUGUGAAUCAUAUUGACUUUCACCUUCUAUGUAGAUAACAGGACUUCUGCUGUGUUUUUGUGCUGCUUUGGUUUUUUUAAUUGAAAUUGCAGAUUAAGUCUGAUUGUACCCUCCAACUUUAAUUAGACAUCCACUAGGAUCAUUUGUUUCUUACAAAAAAAAGAAUUGCAAUAAUCAAGUGCCUCUAGGCCAAUGUUGAAUUAACAUUUGAACACCUAUGAGAGUGUUUGUGGCCUGUGCAAAUAACUCAGUUACAAUAAUUACCACUGCAAUUAAUUUCUAAUUAUGGGAAACUUAAAGUGCUACUGAUAGCAAACUCCACAUUUAAUUUAAUCAAGAUGUGUAAUGAGAUUCACUUUCACAAGUGAGCUGUGGUCCAAUUCCCAAUGAUUUAAAUGUUUUCCCUUUUCAGUUGUACUAAGGUAAAUUACUUAAGAGAUGGAGAUGGUUAUGUCACAUGCUGAAACAAUUUUAUAUUCUGUAAAUACUCAUUAAACAGCAUUCAACACCUUUCUGCACCUUCAUGCUAACACAAAAGCAAAGUGUGCUUUAAUCAGACUGUACUUAAAUCAAACAUUGACAGUAGCUGGGUUGUUAAACUGAGCAGCUGCAACUCCCAAGUAAUUUCUAGCCUCUAUCCCUUAAUGAGGUUGGAGACCACUGCAGUUUAACAGCAUACAAUAAUAAAACAUUUUAAUCAGUGUUAGAACUUUAAUUAGGCCCAUAAUGAUGCAUGCCUGUUCUUGCUGAAAGCAUGGGUCAGUGAAUUCCUCAACGAGUGCCUUACAGUAAUUAAAAACAAGCACACAUAAGGUGAAGUAUGUCUGGGCUGUAUUGUCUUAUUUUAAAAUGUGGUUUUAUCUUUCUUAGAAGGUGCAGUAACUUUCCCCUGAUGGAAGUGAGAGAUUCCAGACCAGUAGUGCCCUAUUGUUUCCACAAUUUACUUGUAGGGUAACAGCUGAGACUAACCAGUCCUGACUGUAACAAUAGUUAUUAAAUAGACUUUUUUUUUUUUUUCUUUCAAAACCACACUCUCUAAUAUUGCCAAAGGAGAAAUUUAACUUUUUUGUAGAAACUACCAAGUUCAAAACUCUUUUUUUUUUUUCAUAGGCCUGGGGAAAGCUUAAAAGCCAAUGGCUGUAAUGACCAGACCCACCACAGUAACAUUGUUUCCUCUUGCAACUCAGACAUCCCCUAAAUUAGCACACCAGAAAUUGAAAUAGUGGAUACAAAAUAUUUUGGAGAGUGCUUAACUCUUGCAAUUCAGUCUUUAAGGUCUUUGUAGCCUCUGAUACUUUUAAAAAAUGCCAACAAUGCCUGUACCAGAAAGAUUUCAUACCAAAGGGAAGGGCGUAUUGCAUUGACCAUGCAGCACAGUGUUCAGAUCAAUUGGUCUCCUUAAAAAAGUAAAACAAAAAAUGCCAAAACCACUUACCAGAUCAGAGGAGAGACCUCACACAUCAGCCCAGCAGGCAGGGAGAGGGAGCAGCUGCUCCUCUGUCUCUGAUUUUAAGGCAUGCCCACCAAAGCAAAGCAUCCUGGGGAAGGCUGGGGCAGCAGAGAGCAGUCAGUGCUGCUGGUGACAUGGGUGAUGUUUCUUCUUCCUUGCAGUGGGGAAUAAGACUGAGAAUUCUAGGAGGUAGGUGGUGUUUUAGUGGCUGAUAAUUAUUUUCUCACCUUCCCAUGUCUUACUGUGAUUUUUACUCACUUCAUUUAAAAUGUGCAAUUUUAAAGAAAAAUAUCUUUUCCUAUUUCUGAACUUUACCAACCUGAUGCACCUUAUUUCCAAAUGGUUGCUGGGGUAUCACUGUUUGCUUGUAUAACUGAUCUACCCCAGGGCCCACCCUCAUGGCAAGGCUUUGCCUGAAAUCUUACCAAUAGCUGGCAAUGGGAAUGGCACUGUCACGACUUCUUGUAUGUGUUACCUCUUGUCCACAAGAACUUUUAAGCUGCCUGUUGUGAUCAGUGGAACUGUGGUGUGAGUGACUUUUUUUAAAUCACAGAGACAAAAUGUUAUCAAGUAGCCAGAAUGUUUUUAAGGGGGAAAAACGUUUCAGAUCCCUUAGUAUAUUUUAGUUUCUUGUUUCAGUGUUCUGCCAGUGAGCUCUAACAUAAUUAUUUUAUAAUAUUGUUGUAAAGAGAUGUAAUGACUAUUGUAUACUAAAUAAAUUGUGUAAUU